UGAGCCACCCUCCCCAGCCUCGGGGACUGGUGCUUAGACCUGCCCGCCUGCCGCCCGCCAGCCUGGAGCACCAUCUUCACGUCCCCUCAGGCAGCUGCGGCUACCGGGCUUCCGAGGCCAGCCUAGUGAUUGAAUGCUUCGGGCGCGGCCGAGGCAGAGAUGGGGCAGGAUUACUGGCCACCAGUGGAGGCUGAUUAGAAGGAGGCAAACCCAGGGCAGUGACUCCUGCAGAGAUGCAGUAGGCAGACUCCUCGAUGGGAUGGCGGAACCGCGCUUUAACAACCCAUACUUCUGGCCGCCCCCACCCACCAUGCCAAGUCAGCUGGACAACCUGGUUCUGAUCAACAAAAUCAAGGAGCAGCUCAUGGCAGAGAAGAUCCGGCCGCCCCACCUGCCCCCGACCUCGGUGUCCUCCCAGCAGCCUCUCCUGGUGCCCCCUUCGCCCGCUGAGAGCAACCAAUCCAUCAUGUCCAUUCCCAAACUUCAACAAGUCCCUGGGCUGCACCCGCAGGCCGUCCCCCAGCCUGACGUGGCCCUCCACGCCCGCCCAGCCACCAGCACCGUCACAGGCCUGGGCCUGGGCUCCCGCGCGCCGGCCGUCAGUACCUCGGAAUCCAGCGCUGGGACGGGGACCAGUACCCCCUCCACGCCCACCUCCACUAGCCAGAGUCGCCUCAUUGCUUCCUCGCCCACCCUCAUCUCAGGGAUCACCAGCCCCCCGCUUUUGGAAUCCAUCAAGACCAUCCAGGGCCACAGCUUGCUGGGAGCGCCCAAGCCGGAGCGGGGCCGCAAGAAGAUCAAGGCGGAGAACCCGUCGGGCCCUCCGGUCCUCGUGGUGCCCUACCCAAUCCUUGCCUCGGGCGAUAUUGGCAAAGAGGGCAAGACGUACAGGUGUAAGGUCUGCCCGCUCACCUUCUUUACCAAGUCGGAGAUGCAGAUCCACUCCAAGUCCCACACGGAGGCCAAGCCGCACAAGUGCCCACAUUGCUCCAAGUCCUUCGCCAACGCCUCCUACCUGGCCCAACACCUGCGCAUCCACCUGGGCGUCAAGCCCUAUCACUGCUCCUACUGCGAGAAGUCCUUCCGCCAGCUGUCCCACCUCCAGCAACACACCAGAAUUCACACCGGAGACAGACCCUACAAGUGCCCUCACGCUGGCUGCGAAAAGGCGUUCACACAGCUUUCCAACCUGCAGUCUCACCAGAGGCAGCACAACAAAGACAAGCCGUACAAGUGUCCAAACUGCUACCGGGCGUACACGGACUCCGCCUCGCUCCAAAUCCACCUCUCGGCACACGCGAUCAAGCACGCCAAAGCCUACUGCUGCAGCAUGUGCGGCCGAGCCUAUACUUCAGAGACCUAUUUGAUGAAGCACAUGUCCAAACACACGGUGGUGGAGCACCUCGUGAGUCAGCAUUCUCCUCAAAGGACGGAGUCUCCCGGCAUCCCUGUACGGAUCUCUCUCAUCUGAACCUCGGGGAGACCUUCCCCUUGUGCGGCGCCCCCCCCCCUCGAAUUCCAGAACCGGUGGGGGGAAAAGACAGGACGGCUUGGAAUAUGAUCCCACGAACCACCAUCUGCGCACCGCCUCCUCCCUGCCCUUUCUGGCCCGUAGCGCUUCUCCCUCGCUGCAGCCAGGAGGAAAGAGACCGAAUCUAGCCCAGCGAGCAACCUGGCUCCCUGUCCAUGCUCGGGAGGGCUGGGGUUUUGGUGACAGCCAAAGACGAUUCCAGAGCACUCUCUUCCCUCCCCGCACUGCACAUGGAACACCCACGGACAUCCUCCUUGCUUUGGGGUCUCCUCAGAGGUUCUUUUUCAGCCAUCGCCUUGAUUCCCUUCUCCGUUUUUGAUUUCGGAUACAAAAACAUUCAGCCUACGGGCAGGCGCGGUGGGAUGCCGUGCGAACGGGCCCCUGACUCCUUCGGGACUCUCCGUUGGAGCCGCCUCCGGACU